UUCCUUACAACCGGCAUUUACAGAGCAUAACUGAGUAAUUUUGCCAUUUCAUUUGUUAAGAAUCGUGUUGAAUGUUAUUGAAAACCUGCUCGACUAUCCUUUUCCAUCGGAAUAUCUUGAAGUUUGGUCAACAGUCCCUCAAGACACGUGCAAUGGCAACGCUUCCGGAGGUCGUCGCAAAACUGAGCGAGUUCGCACCGGAAAACCUGGCGGAAAAGUGGGACAAUGUAGGCUUACUGGUGGAGCCGAGGAAUAAUAAAAGUUCCAUUACCAACAUCCUUCUAACGAUCGAUCUGACGGAAGCGGUAGUAGCGGAGGCACGGGAAACCGGCGCCCAAAUGAUCAUCUCCUACCAUCCGCCGAUCUUUGCACCGCUCAAGCGACUCACCCAAGCGUCGUGGAAGGAGCGCAUUGUGAUCGAUUGCAUCCGUCACGAUAUAGCGAUCUAUUCCCCUCACACGAGCUGGGACAACGUGACCAACGGGGUGAACGAUUGGCUAGCGGACUCGCUUCCCCAUGCCGAUGCCCGACCGAUCCUGGAGAAUCCGAUCAACGCGGCUUACGGUGCUGGUCGACUGUGUACCGUGAAGGGUGAACCUCUUUCGGAACGCGAUGCCGUUCAACAGAUUGUGAAGCACACAGCAAUGGACUGUGCCAUGGUGAGCUUUGCGUCGAGCGGGGACACAAACCGCAAGGUGCAAACGUACGCCGUUUGUGCCGGAUCGGGCGCAAGUGUGCUGAAGGGCGUGAAGGCCGACAUGUACAUUACGGGGGAAAUGUCGCACCACGAGGUGCUGGAGGCGACGAGCAAUGGCACGUGUGUGGUGCUGCUUGGCCACAGCAACUCGGAGCGUGGCUAUCUGAGCGUGUUCAAGGAUAUUCUAAGCAAGCGGCUGAACGGCGGUGUUACGGUUCACGUGUCGAGCAGCGAUAGAGAUCCGAUGAAGCUGGCAUUGCGAGAAAAUGCAAACUAAACGAGGGUCUCUUUCCUUAACAGUAGGUUUUUCAGAAGAAUGCUAUGUUUGAGAAUCGAUUGAUCGAAUAAAAAGGAAUUUUUGGAAAAUAA